AUGAUGCAGAGACGGAGUCCGCCGAAGCACAGGCACGACGGAACGUCGCCGCUUCCACUGGGGAUGGAUUGGAGCCCUCCGCCGCGCAAAUGGAAUGGUAGAGAUACUGUUUGGCCUCAUGACCCUCGAACCGGAUGGAGUUAUUGUGUUACAUUACCUUCGUGGGUUGUUCUUCCAAAAUCAAGAAAUUCAGAUCCUGUAGUGUUUUACAGGGUCCAGAUUAGUGUGCAAUCCCCUGAAGGUGUUACCACAAUGCGAGGAGUGUUGAGAAGAUUUAAUGAUUUCUUAAAGCUAUUAACGGAUCUUAAAAGAGCAUUUCCCAAAAAAAUUUUUCCAUCAGCUCCACCCAAAGGGAUGUUGCGUAUGAAAAGCAGAGCAGUGUUAGAAGAGAGAAGGUGCUCUCUUGAGGAGUGGAUAACGAAGCUAUUAUCUGAUAUAGAUCUGGCAAGAAGUGUGGUAGUUGCAUCCUUUCUUGAACUAGAAGCUGCUGCUAGGUCUGCAUGCCAAGAUGUUGAUCAGAAUACUUCUGAUGCCGAUAAUGAUAGAAAUAGCACAAGUUCGUCACCUAUGUUGCACCCAAGUUUGAGCUUGUUUCAAGCUGGCGGCAGUUCUUCUCUCACAUCUGACUAUGGCAGUGAUACUGCUUAUGAAACAUCUGAGCUUGGAUCUCCAAGUGUAGGACAGGAUGAUAUUUCUGAAAUCGGUACCGAAGAUCUAACUCUGGAUGAAGAAGUGACAAAUCCAAUAGAGAAGCUUGUUAACUUUAGCAUGUCCAACAUUGACGAGGGACUUUCAAUGAGCCAAACUAUUCUAGAGCAGCUUGAAGAUUUUCCCAAACAUAAAGUCCGCUCAAGAUAUGUCAAUAAUGGAAAUGCUUCUAAAGGUGUAUUUCUUGCUAACAACGGCUCACGACUUUUCUCUGAACCAGAGUCAUCAACUCACUCGGUAAUGCAUGAUAGAAAGUUUUCUAUGGAGAGUGCUGACGGGUUUUCUCUACACACCGGUGAGACAUCGACAUCUGGUCUCCUAAGUUCAAGCAGUGAUAGCCACCUGGAUCUACGCCAAGGUCCUGGUGUAUCGCUUGGAGCUGGGAUUGUUUGUAACCCGGAUAGGCAGGGUAGUGCACAGAUAGUUCUUCCACUGGACCUGCGCAAUAAACUGAGCCGGAUUCUGUUAGCCACGAAUGAGAGACUUGUCAAUGCAAAAACAGAUAUGGAGGACCUUAUAGCAAGGCUAAAUCAAGAGAUAGCGGUGAAAGAAUACCUGAACAGAAAGGUUAAUGACCUAGAAGGGGAACUUGAAACUACUAAGCAGAGAAGCAAAGAGAAUUUGGAGCAAGCUAUUAUGACCGAGAGGGAAAGGAUAACUCAGAUGCAGUGGGACAUGGAAGAACUUAGACAAAAGUCAUACGAAAUGGAAAUGAAAUUAAAAUCUAGAGAGCAGGAUGGGAGCUCACAUGCAGAAGCCACUGAACAGUCAACUAUUUCGGAGAGACAUGUAAUGUCAAAAGAAUUGGAUGCCAGGAAACAACAACUGGAGGAUCUCUCCAGGCGAUACGAAGAAUUAGAGGCAAAAUCAAAAGCAGAUGUUAAAAUUCUUGUCAAAGAGGUCAAAUCUCUGAGGCGUUCACAUGUGGAACUAGAAAAGGAGCUGACUCAAUCUUUGACAGAUAAAACUGAAGCAGAGAAACUACUCCAACAGGAAAGAAAACUAGUUGAGAACACAGUAGCGGCUAGGAAAAAGUUGCUUAGUGAUUGCAGAAUUCUCCACGACCGACUUAAAGAGUACAACUUGAAUUUGUCAAUGGACGGAAACGGUAACCUUGUAGAGGACUCAGCUACAGUAUCAGACGCUUUGCGUUUGCUGUCUGUAUCUGACGAUCAAAUUGAGGAGGCUCAGCUGCUUGCCGGGUUUGAUGAAAAUGCGGUCGAUAAAUCUCUCAGCGUGGAUAGUGAAACAAGGAGCAUGGAGGACGAGUUGAGGAAGGUAUUGGCAGAUAUCUUUGUUGAGAACGCGAAGCUUAGAAAACAGGUGAACUCUGCAAUGCUGCGUGCUCUCCAGAAAGAAGUAAAGACCACCGAAGAUGUGAAUGAGGAAAAUGGUGAUGAUGAGAAAGAGGAGGCGUCAACAGAAACAGUGAACAGAUAG